AUUGAUCCCUGAUGUGAAGCGAUUACUCAAAGGGGGAAGGACAGAGACUCAGCAGACUAGUCACAUGACAGCGGUUAGCUUGCUUAGCCUUUCUGAGGAAGUCAUUCAUCCGCAGAGCUAGAGUAAAUUCUGGCUGCGUUUCGAAACCUACUGAGCUGCCUAACUAGACAGCAUUCGAGACGUUCCGAGUCAGCUAACCGCUGACUGACUUUGGUAAUUAAACUGAUUCGAGCUGUAGUGAGGAGCAAAAAUACUCUCUAGCUAGGCACUUCACUGAGGCUUUGGGACACAGUCCGCCAUAUGUGGCUAAGGGGAGUUCCCAAAUGAUUCCCGCAAGCUAAACAUGCCUUGACAGUAGUUUUCUUGUUAUUUUCCGAAUUAUAUGCAACUCCAGUUAAAUUUUUAUCGUACAAACCCCACACUGAUCACGAGUUGCAAGCAGUGAAAACGGGAUCUGAACUCCUCAAAAGAGAGGAGUCGACUAGACUCGAGGUUUGUUGUCAGAUCAUCAAUGUAUUAAUUUUCUAGAAGGGAAAGAUGUUAUCAUUCGAGGAAGCUAAAGCGAGGUUAGAAACAGCAGGACAGAGCCAUGUUUUACAAUUCUGGCCUGAACUUUCUGCGGAAGAAAGCAGUGCGCUUCUGGAGGAGAUAUCUAGGCUCCAGCCCGAAGAGUUACUCGAGCACUGCCGAGCAGCUGCUGGGGCUGCAAGCCGACACUCGAGUGCUGAUGGUCGGCUAGACGCCCGGAUGAAGCCCGUUCCUCCAGAGUUCAUUGGAAGUGUGCGUAAAAGUGAGAAAGAAACGCUUCAGUUAUGGGGUGAUGAAGGGUUACUGCAGAUUUCACAGGACAGAGUGGCUGUUUUGCUGUUAGCCGGUGGUCAGGGGACUCGGCUUGGAGUGCCAUAUCCCAAGGGCAUGUACAGUGUUGGGCUGCCAAGUGGAAAAACCCUGUACCAGAUCCAGGCUGAGCGUAUCCAGAAGGUGCAAGAGCUGGCCAAUGUGAAGCAUGGUAGUAGGUGCACAAUACCAUGGUACAUAAUGACCAGUGAGUUCACUCUGGAACCCACAGAGAAGUUCUUCAAAGACAAUGAAUAUUUUGGUCUUUGUCCAUCCAACGUAGUCAUAUUUGAGCAGAGAAUGAUACCAGCUGUAGGCUUUGAUGGAAAGAUCAUCCUGGAGAAGAAAGGCAAAAUAGCCAUGGCACCAGAUGGAAAUGGCGGCCUCUAUCGUGCUUUAGUGGACAACAAGAUUUUAGAGGACAUGCAGAGAAGGGGUGUGGAGUAUCUUCACGUGUACUGUGUGGACAACAUCUUGGUGAAGAUGGCAGACCCAGUCUUUAUUGGCUUUUGUGUAAACAAAGGAGCAGACUGUGGUGCCAAGGUGGUGGAUAAGGCGUAUCCUGCAGAGCCGGUUGGAGUGGUGUGUCGCGUGGACGGCCUGUAUCAGGUGAUUGAGUACAGUGAGAUCCAACCAGAGACCGCAGAGCUGCGAGGCCCAGGAGGAGAGCUCCUGUUCAGUGCUGGGAACAUCUGCAACCACUUCUUUACCCGAGACUUCUUAAAGGACGUGGCUGAAAAGUUUGAGAGUCAGCUGAAGCAGCAUGUGGCUAUCAAGAAAGUGCCAUUUGUGGAUGGAGAAGGGAACCUGGUGAAACCAACCAAGCCCAAUGGCAUUAAAAUGGAGAAAUUUGUAUUUGACGUCUUUCAGUUCUCAAAGAAAUUUGUCGCCUUUGAGGUGUUGAGAGAGGAGGAAUUCUCACCCCUAAAAAAUGCUGAUGGGGCGCCUUUGGACACACCGACUACAGCACGCCGUUCCUUGUUAGCACAACAUUACCGCUGGGCUCUGGCAGCUGGUGGAAUCUUCCUGGAUGAGCAGGAUAAACCAAUCCCCCCAAAACAUAGUAUGUCACAGAAUGAAGACCCCCCAGCAAUCUGUGAAAUCUCUCCACUUGUAUCUUACUUUGGCGAGGGGCUGGAUAAGCUGCUGAAACUGAAGAACUUGAGGUCCCCUUUUCUACUUGAUGAGAAUGAAGCAGAGAAUCUUAUGAAAACUACAUAGUGUUUUCAACUGAGGAUACCAUCAUGUCCAGGGCCAGGCAAAUAUUAGAGGAAUUGAAAGGGAUGUAUACAAAAAAAAAAAAAUCCAAAAUAAAGAAAGAAAGAAAAAUUGGGGUCUGUAA